AUGUCAAACCAACCAGGACGCACCGACUGGGCCGAGGACGACGAGCCCGAUCUCGCCACCGCUCUCCCCCCGCCUCAGCACACAAAGAACAAGGACGGCACCGAGACCAUCGUCACCAUUUUCCUUAACGACGACGGCAAGAAGGUCAAGCGCACACAACGCAUCCGCAAGGUCACCAAGCGCACAUAUGAGAAGGCCGGUGUCGCAGAGCGCCGCGCCUGGCCCAAGAUGGGUCUCGAGGCAGGCCGUCCUGCUGGCCCCCAACCCGAUACCACCACUCUCGGAGAGAACAUCAUUUUCCGCNCCCAGGUCGGCUUCAAGUCUGGCGCCGCCGAGCAACCCACCGCCGAGGAGGACCAGAAGACGCAGCAGCUCAAGCAGAUGAAGAUCAAGUGUCGUAUUUGUUCCGGCGAGCAUUUCACCACAAAGUGUCCCUUCAAGAACACCAUGGCUCCCGAAGGCGAGGCUGGUGCCGGUCUUGCCGACCUCGACGGUGAUGUUGGCGCUGCUACUCUUCAGAACCUGGCUGCAGGCGGCCCUGCGCCAGGCGCUUCUGGCCCCGGUGGCUCCUCCUACGUGCCCCCACAUCUCCGCAAGGGCGGUGCUGCUACUGGCGAGAGAAUGGGCGGCAAGUUUGAGAGAGACGACUUGGCUACUCUGCGUGUCACCAACGUGAGUUCCCGUUCUCCUACUCUACUCUCUAUACAACCAUCUAACACGUUCGAUUAUAGGNUCUCCGAAUUCGCCGAAGAAGACGAGCUCCGCGCACUGUUCGAGCGCUUCGGUCGUGUCACCCGUGUCUUCCUUGCAAAGGACAGAGAAACAGGCAAGGCCAAGGGCUUCGCUUUCGUCAGUUUCGUCGACCGAUCAGACGCCGCCGUUGCAUGCGAGAAGAUGGACGGCUUCGGUUACGGACAUCUUAUCCUGCGUGUCGAGUUCGCCAAGAAGGCCACUUAG